GAGAUCGGCGGCGCGGCGCGAAACUGACGGACGAGUAAAAAGUUUUCCCGCGCAUUCGGUGUUGAUGGGUCCUGCCAGGUCCUGUAUUUCUCUAUGAUAGUAAUUUUUAUACUGAGCUGAUGCAAGUGUGAAAUGUUUCGUAUUUUCACGGCCCGCGACUUUUGCCACUUGCGAUGAUUGUGUUGAUGGAAAACAUUCCAAAUUAAUGUGUAAAACUUAUCUGUGUAAUCGUGUACUUGUGGUUGUGGGAUGACACUUAUUUGAGGAGCGAGAAAGAUUAUGUAUGUCUAGUUAAUAGUACAACUGUAACAAUUAGAUAUCAAGAUGUAUGUGAAGACUAUUACUUUAGAAGGUUUCAAGUCCUACGGAAAACGUCAAGAAAUAAAGGGUUUUGAUCCUGAGUUCAAUGCAAUUACUGGUCUAAAUGGAAGUGGAAAAUCGAACAUUUUGGAUGCUAUAUGCUUUGUAUUAGGAAUAACUAAUUUGACACAGGUACGAGCAACAUCACUUCAAGAAUUGGUGUACAAGAAUGGUCAGGCAGGCAUAACAAAAGCUAGUGUUACUAUUGUUUUUGACAACAGUAAUCGUGAAACAAGUCCUCUUGGCUACGAACAGUAUAAUGAAAUAUCUGUUACCCGCCAGGUUGUUAUGGGUGGAAAAAAUAAGUAUUUAAUCAAUGGAACCAAUGUUCAGAACAAACGAGUGCAAGAUUUAUUCUGUUCUGUUCAACUGAAUGUAAACAAUCCACACUUUCUAAUUAUGCAAGGGCGAAUUACAAAAGUUCUUAAUAUGAAGCCUGCUGAGAUACUUUCAAUGAUUGAAGAAGCAGCAGGGACCAGGAUGUAUGAAAACAAGAAACAAAUGGCCCAAAAAACAAUAGAAAAGAAAGAGACAAAAUUGAAAGAGCUUAAUGAGGUUAUAAAUGAGGAAAUUACUCCUAAAAUUGAAAAGUUGAAAGAAGAACAGAAGCAGUAUUUAGAAUAUCAACGAGUUAAUCGUGAACUCGAGAAACUGACAAAAUUGUAUGUUUCCUGGAAGUAUGGGAAAUAUUUGAAUAAUGUGCAAUCCAACCAAGAUGAUGUUGUGAAAGUGAAACAACUUAUUGAAGACACCAAAGGGAAAAUUACAGCUGGAGAGGAAGAAGUUCAGAAGUUAGAUGCUCAAGUUGAGGAGAUGCAAAAGGAGAAGGAUGAAGCAGCUGGAGCACAGCUACGAGAUUUGGAAGCUCGUCUCAAAGAAGCUGAGAAAAAUGAAGCCAGAGCAGGAGCACAAUUAAAAAGUCUCAUUGAUACAAUUAACAGUGAGGCAAAGAAGAUUAAACAGUUGGAAAAAAAUUUAAAGGAUGAUGAAACUGCACUGGCUUCAAAGAAGAAGGAGCAGGAAGAAAUGGGUGAUGUGUUUGGGAAGCUGAGAGAAACAGCUGAACGAGACACAGAAGCACUAGCUAAUGCGAGAACCCAUUACCAAGCUGUUAGCUCGGGAAUGCUGGCUAAUGAAGAGGGGGAAAAUGCUACUCUGCAGGAACAAUUGUUGGCUGCGAAACAAGAAGUUGCUCAAGCAGGAACAGAAAAGAAGCAAUUUGUGAUGCAGCGUAAACAUUUUGAAUCUGAACACAAACAGAAGCAGCAAGAAAUGCUUCGUACUCAAAAAGAUUAUUCGAAAGAUGAAGUGCUCCUCAAUAAAAAGCAGAAGGAAGUGGAGGCACUUCAAACCACGUUAAGCAAAUUGGGAAUUCAGGAAGGGCAAUUGGAGAAUUUGCAAGAAGAGCGUAGAGUUCUUCAUGAAUCUGUCAGGAGGCUCAAGGAUAAAGUAGCAAAUUUUGAAGAUAGGAAUCCUCAGUUGACUUUUAAGUAUAGAGAUCCUGAACCCAAUUUCAAUCAUUCUUCUGUAAAAGGUCUUGUGUGUAUGAAUCUCAGAUUGAAAAAUCCUGGUAUGGCUCGAGCUUUGCAAGUAGCAGGAGGAGGAAGACUAUUUAAUGUAAUUGUUGAUACUGAGAAAACUGGCAAAAAGCUACUUGAGAGAGGCAACCUGCAAAAGCGCACUACCUUCAUUCCUUUAAAUCAAAUCUCAGCCCGAGGUCUUCCAAAUAGUGUUGUGCAACUUGCUCAACAAGUGGGUGGAAAAGAAAAUGUUUUUCCAGCUCUUUCCCUGGUUGAAUAUGACAAAGAAUUGCAACCUGCAAUGGAAUUUGUCUUUGGUCAGACAUUCAUUUGCAGAGACAUGGACAUAGCAAAGAAGGUUACUUUUCAUCCAAAGAUAAUGAAGAAAUCUGUUACAUUCGAUGGGGAUGUAAUGGAUCCUUCAGGAACAUUAGCAGGAGGUGCUGCCGAGAGAGGUAUCCCAAUUCUUCAGCAAUUGGCUCAGUUAAAUGAAGAUCGUGCCGAAUUAAAAAGUAAGAUGGACUCCUUAAAUAAAAUUGAAGAAAGUUUGAAGCAUAUUUCAAGGGAUGCCAGAACGUAUAAUGAAACAAAAGAAAAAUUGGAACUUGCUUCUCAUGAAUUGGAAAUGGUGAAAAAGAAAUUAGAACAAACGACACAUCAUCAGUACAAAGAGGAGGUUGAAAAGCUGGCUACAAACAUUGAGGAACUUAAGGUGAAAGAAACCAAAUGUGAUGAAAUUGUUAAAGAAGGUGCAAAGAAAGUUAGUGAGUUAGAAAACAAAGUGAAAAAUGCAAAAGCAAUUCUUGAAAAAGAAUUGAAAGCUGCCAAAGCAGAGUUGGAUCGGCUUACAAAACAGUGUGAAACCAGCAAAGAAAAGUGGCAGCAGCGUGAACAAGAAUGCCAAACCCUGGACAUGGAAGUUACUGAAUUAAUAAAAUCCAUAGAGACAGCCAAGAGCAAUUUGGAAAUAGCCCAAAAGGAAUUAGAAGAACAACAACAGAAAAGAGAGGAACUAAAAACUGAAACUGAGGAAACAAAGGUAACUGCCCAAAAAGUGAGAUCAGAAGUGAAAAACCAUAAAGAAGUAAUAAAUGCUAAAAGCAAAGAAAUUCAGGCAACUUUGUCACGGAAGGAACAAUUAAUUAAAGAGAAAGAUGAUCUUCUUCUUGAAGUCAAGAAAUUUGAUCACGAAGUUGCAAAAAUUGAAGAACAAGGACUUUCCAUCAAGCAGUGUAUAGCAGACCUGGAAGAGCAAUAUGAUUGGAUAGUUAGAGAUAAGAAGUUUUUUGGAGUCAAAGGUGGUGCAUAUGAUUACACAGGUUUGGAUAUGAAUCAUAUGGGAAAAACCAUCAGUAACAUGGAGCAACAACAGAAGGAUGUGGGGCGCAACAUCAAUGCGAGAGCCAUGAAUAUGUUGGGAAGGGAAGAAGAGCAGUAUGCAGAACUAAUGAGAAAAAAGAAUGUAGUAGAAAAUGAUAAAACUAAGAUCAAAGAAGUUAUCAAAGAAUUGGAUGAAAAAAAGAAUGUAGCACUUCGUAAAGCAUGGCAUCAAGUAAACAAAGAUUUUGGAUCUAUUUUUAGUAGUUUGCUUCCUGGAGCUCGUGCAUGUCUUAAUCCCAGUGAAGGCAAAGAUGUUCUUGAUGGAUUGGAGAUAAAAGUGGGUUUUGGUGACACUUGGAAGGAAAGUUUGGGAGAAUUAAGUGGUGGCCAGCGCUCUCUGGUUGCUUUGUCACUUAUUUUAUCCAUGUUGCUGUUUAAACCAGCUCCUAUUUAUAUUUUGGAUGAGGUAGAUGCUGCUCUUGAUCUAUCUCAUACACAAAAUAUUGGAAAUAUGUUGAAGAAACAUUUUAAACAUUCACAAUUUAUCAUCGUUUCUCUCAAGGAUGGGAUGUUUAAUAAUGCAAAUGUUUUAUUCAGAACUCAGUUCAUCGAUGGAAUGUCAACUGUAACUCGGCAUGCACAGAGAUCAUAAGAAGUACACUCUUAAAACUAGUUUCUUAAUCUUUCAAACAAUUUACUCUUACUGUAAAUGUAUAGUUUUUAUUUCAUUGUGUUCGUAUUUGAAUAAUAAGGAACAAUUCAUAAUUUACUUCUUUCUCCAUUAGAGGCCUCAGACCAUUACUGUAUGAAUUUUCUCUUGUGAAGUGAACAUUUUAUAUCUGUACAUAACUUUUCAAAUACCAAAAUGAUGAAUUUCUCAAGUGAGGUAAAAAAAUGAUUAUUAAUCUGCUAGCCUAAAAAAAUGUUUUAGUAUGUAGAUAUCCAUAGUGAAAUAGUUUCUGUUUUUGCAUGAAUGAUUUUUCAAUGAAAAGAUGAGAAUAAAUAUUUAUAUUUUUAUGUGCAUAUUUUAUUAUAUGUGAUCACUAAUUUAUUUUAAAGAAUUUCUUGAUGAUCUGUAUGAAACAAAUUUUGAAGCUCAAUGCAAAUAUCAGCUUAGGUCCUAUAAGAAAUAAAAAAUAUUUUCCAGAUACUACAGCUAUGCUCUGAAUUGUAUAUAGUGUGUUUACUACCAUAGUAGCCAUGACAUAAUCUCUUGUGAAGAUUAAGUCAUGUUAAAGGUUGAUCAGCCUUGCUUACAAAAAGAAUAAAACUGAAAAAGUUUUGUCCAAAUAAGGCUUGUACAUUUUUUUCAGGAAUGCCAUUAUUAAACUUGUUGGGUUCAGAAAUUUUGUUCUAGCCAAUUAUGACACUUUUCUGAAAAUGUGAUCUUUCUAAACAAUUAUCUCAUCUCCACUUGUGUAGCCAGUAAGGACAGGCUAUUAUAUUUGUAUUCACCAACACCAGAUAGCCAAAUUCUUUUUCUCUCUCAUGGUAUAAAGCAAAUUAUUUGAUGCUAAAAAAGUUCAAAAUUUUAAUGGACCUUUUCCUUCGAUAUCAAAAGAGUGUUGGUUUUUUCUUUCGCGUAUACAUCUGUAUAUACGGAGUAAUAUACGUAGUAUAGGGAAAGUUAUGUAAUACUGUGUGAAAUAUAUUCCAAGAUUUU